GGAUUGUGAAAGAUGUUCCACUAGAAAUAUUCUUGUUAUUGCUUCGACUCAUAUUCCCCAAAAAGUGGAUCCCGCUCUAAUAGCUCCGAAUAAAUUAAAUACAUGCAUUAAGAUACGAAGGCUUCUUAUUCCACAACAACGAAAGUACUUUUUCACUCUUUCAUAUACUAGGGGAUUUCACUUGGAAAAGAAAAUGCUCCAUACUAAGGGAUUCGGGUCCAUAAUCAUGGGUUCCAAUGUACGAGAUCUUGUAGCACUUACCAAUGAGGCCCUAUCGAUUAGUAUUACACAGAAGAAAUCAAUGCUAGACACUAAUAUAAUUCGAUCUGCUCUUCAUAGACAAACUUGGGAUUUGCGAUCCCAGGUAAGAUCGGUUCAAGAUCAUGGGAUCCUUUUCUAUCAGAUAGGAAGGGCUGUUGCACAAAAUGUAUUUCUAAGUAAUUGCCCCAUAGAUCCUAUAUCGAUCUAUAUGAAGAAGAAAUCAUGUAACGAAGGGGAUUCUUAUUUGUACAAAUGCUACUUCGAACUUGGAACGAGCAUGAAGAAAUUAACGAUACUUCUUUAUCUUUUGAGUUGUUCUGCCGGACCGGUUGCUCAAGACCUUUGGUCUCUACCCAGACCCGAUGAAAAAAAUGGGAUCACUUAUUAUGGGCUUGUUGAGAAUGAUUCUGAUCUAGUUCAUGGCCUAUUAGAACUAGAAGGCGCUCUGGUGGGAUCCUCACGGACAGAAAAAGAUUGCAGUCAGUUUGAUAAUGAUCGAGUGACAUUGCUUCUUCGGCCCGAACCAAGGAGUCCCUUAGAUAUGAUGAAAAAUGGAUCUUGUUCUAUCCUUGAUCAGAGAUUUCUCUAUGAAAAAUACGAAUCGGAGUUUGAAGAAGGGGAAGAAGAAGGAGCCCUCGACCCGCAACAGAUAGAGGAGGAUUUAUUCAAUCACAUAGUUUGGGCUCCUAGAAUAUGGCGCCCUUGGGGCUUUCUAUUUGAUUGUAUCGAAAGGCCCAAUGAAUUAGGAUUUCCCUAUUGGGCCGGGUCAUUUCGGGACAAGCGGAUCAUUUAUGAUGAAGAGGAUGAGCUUCAAGAGAAUGAUUCGGAGUUCUUGCAGAGUGGAACCAUGCAGUACCAGAUACGAGAUAGAUCUUCCAAAGAACAGGGCUUUUUUCGAAUAAGCCAAUUCAUUUGGGAUCCUGCAGAUCCACUCUUUUUCCUAUUCAAAGAUCAGCCCUUUGUCUCUGUGUUUUCACAUCGAGAAUUCUUUGCAGAUGAAGAGAUGUCAAAGGGGCUUCUUACUUCCCAAACAGACCCUCCUACAUCUAUAUAUAAACGCUGGUUUAUCAAGAAUACGCAAGAAAAGCACUUCGAGUUCUUGAUUCAUCGCCAGAGAUGGCUUAGAACCAAUAGUUCAUUAUCUAAUCGAUGUUUCCGCUCGAAGACUCUAUCCGAGAGUUAUCAAUAUUUAUCAAAUCUGUUCCUAUCUAACGGAACGCUAUUGGAUCAAAUGACAAAGGCAUUGUUGAGAAAAAGAUGGCUUUUCCCGGAUGAAAUGAAAAUUGGAUUCAUGGAAUAGGAGAAAGGUUUCCCAUUCCUUAGCCUAAAAGAUAUGUGGCCAUGAAAUAGGGAUUAAGUGGAACAGAAUUGAUUGGGUGGUAGAGUCGUGGAAACACCUGUUUCUUCCAUAUUUUGGACAUGGAACAAUAUGUUACUGCUGAAACUUGGAAGAAUGGAAAUCUUAGAUCAAAACACUAUGUAUGGAUGGUAUGAACUGCCUAAACAAGAAUUCUUGAACAGCGAGCAACCAGAGCUAUUACCCACUACAUCAAAAAAUUUCCAUUAAUGAAAGCUGGAAAUCCAUUGGAAAAUAAAAAAGACGUAUGUCGGAUGAAAUGGUGGUUGUUGCUAUUUGCUCCAAUAACGAAUCAUUGGCAUUGGUUUAACUGAAUAACUAAAUAAAAUAGAUAGACCCUUCUCUUUGUCUCAGGUCGAUGGAUCUUCUCAAUUGGAAGAUCCCUAUAUGGAUAAUACACAUUCCAGUUGACCGGGCCUAAUUCUAAUUGUUUUGUUCCGAAGCAAAGAUAUCCGGGGGGUGGUUCGUCCUAUUCAGAUAUUCACGACUCAGAAGUACUGGAUUCUCUUUCGGAUAGGCCCUGAAAGGAGAAGUAAGGCUGGAAUGCCAACAGAUCUCUAUGAAUGGGUAAGUCGCCAAUCCCUAAAACGGACUAUGUAAUGUACUUUAUCUGUUGAUCUGUUGGGUUACGGGCGGGCAGUUUACCAGAGGUUUCUAUUGUAUCAUGUGUAAUUCCUGUUGAAGCAUAUACCCGGGGGUGGUUGCAGGGCGGACGCUUUCAAAGCGGACUCCCCAUUCAUUAGAUAGAGAAGAUCACCAAGAUUUCGUGAUCCGCUGCCGAACUUAUUCCAAUUCCAAGAUCUCGGAUCGAAUCGGUAUAUCAAUACCGAUUCGAUCCGAGAUCUCUUAUUGAAUUGCUCAUUCAAUGAGCAUUCUCAAUAUUAUGCCUUGAAGAGGACUCGAACCUCCACGCUCUUUAGCACGAGAUUUUGAGUCUCGCGUGUCUACCAUUUCACCACCAAGGCAUCUUGAAAGUGAAUCGUAUUCCAUGAAUAUGAUACUAGUGUGAUGUAUGGAAUAUAUGAUAAAGGUGGAGUGUUGGAGUAUUUCUAUUGAUCGGUCAUGUCAUAUAGGCCCGAGUCGGACAUACAAUUGCUUCGAUUUGAAUUAUCCGAAAGAUGCCUUAUAUAUUAUAUCAAUCAAUAUAGAUUAUACAAAAAAAUAGACAAUCAAACCCAUUUCUCGAUUCAAUAGAAGCCCAAAGAGGUGAAUAGAAUAGGGUCCCAAAUCAAAUAAGGAGAUAUAUAUGUAAAAAACGGGUCCGAUUACGCCUAUUCCUAAUCCUAAAUGGAAUGUAACGACGGAGGGAUCCAUAUGUAAACAUAGUAUCUAUUUAGAUACGCUCGAAUGACCCCUUCUCAUAAUGAGAAUGUAUAUAAGCCUAUUCCGGUCUGGUCCGGUAUGGAAUGAACUUAUAAUCAUGGA